UCGACCCGUUUACUCGGGCUGCGUUUAUGUUUCUUCUCUGGUUGAACCCGAAUCCGCUUUUCCUCUCCACCAUUGCUUUCGGUUCGUCAUCGAGGGCAUCGGAGCCGAGGUUGGAUGGUGCGAUGGGUUGGUCUCAUCCCGACGUCUCUCUCGACGAUCUCCUGCUCCUCGUCAAGGGCUUCGUUGACAUCCUAAUUCUCACCAAUGGCUACCAGUCCUCGGGUCUCCCUGCUGUCUGGGACGCUGCCACCAUCAAGAACGCUGUCCAUUGGGGUCUCUUCUUCCAGGACGUGUUUAAGAGGAUAAGUGGCUCCAAACAUUAUGAAGAAUCGCUAAACGAACUUGACAAAGCUUUGAGGGAUAUUAUAUCCAAUCCAUCUUUCCCACAGGGUCUGGUCUAUCUGUCUUCAUCAUCACUUUGUAAUGCAAGCGAUCUGGUUAUUGAAUAUUUACUUCAAGUUGACAAUCUGGGAGCUAAACAUUUGAUUUCACUUUUAACAGCAAUUGUGGAGAUGGAUGUUAAUGACCUUACUGGUCUAUGUAAUGUCAAUCCAUCUGCUUAUGCAGAUAGAUUGAUUCUGCAGAUGGAAUCACUAAAGUUAUUUUCAAAGGAUAAGGGAAAUAUAGUUAACUCUGGAGCUUCUUCGACUGCAAGUGAUCCAAACAUUUGCCAUGUUGCAAAGGCUAGAAAUUGCAACCUUUCUCUUUCUGAAGCCAAAGAAUGCAACUUUGCUGAUCCUUCAUGUUUUUUGAUUCAUGAAAUUCUUAAGAGGCAAACUCUUAUUUCAUGCACAUCUUCAGUAGAGAAUUGCUUAAACUCCUUUUUAAUGCUGGUCUUAAAGGAGUGCCUAGUUUCACACAGAAAGAUCUCCUUGGAAGGGAGAUCAUCAGCUACUAAUUCUCCAGAGAACAUGCCCGAGUUUUUCCAUUGGAGCCAGUGGCGGAUGAGGUGUUUAUUAUAUUUAACAGACAAAAGAACAAUCAAAAUUCUCUCUGGUGCCAAAUUGAUUUUCAGUGCUCCCAAGGUACAAUGGAUUAAAGUCCUUGACCAAUUAAAAUUUUCAUCAGAUGUUGAGGAUGGACACCUUCUCGAAAUUGUGGAAAUAUCAUUGUUGGGCUUUAUAUCUUGCAAAUGGAUAGAUUUGAUCAAAAAGUUUGUAUCUCAUUCAUGUGAUUACCUUCCUAUCUCUGAGCAGUAUUCUCUUCUCCAUCGCGUUGUGGAAGAGAAUUCUAAAUCUACACAUCCACACAUUGAAUCCUUGAGUUCCAUGGAAAAGGAUAUCAUUGAAUAUGUAGCUGCAUUAGUGGAUUCUCAGCAUCACAAAUUAUGGCAGCUACCCCAUGUACUUGUGGCAGCAGUUCCAUUAUGGUCAAUUUUGUUUAGGGCUAUCUGGAAUGAUAUAGAGAAGCGAUUUGUUGGAGAAGCCUCUUCUCAUAUCAGAUGCAAUGACUGCAAUCAAGAGGGCAAGGAACACAUCGACUGUUGUAUUGCAAUUCAAGUAUGCGGCUGUUCCAGUACUCUAUGUAAUCUAUGAUAUUCAACUUAGCAGAAAAGCUGCAAAAGUUUUUUUGUUUUUAUAAUAAAACUGCAAAAAUUGUUGAAGAAAUAGUUAAUUUUGAGGCAAUUUCUAUAAGAAUUUUAGGUAUUGUUGAACUAUUAUUCCCCACUGUGAGAGACUAAUAUGAAUUUAGGAACGUUCUGUAAUUGUUGCAAGGCCAAACACAUUUAUGAAUUCUGUUAGCCAACGUUUAUGAGUGAAUCUAAAGAAAUAUUAUAUAGAAGUUUAAUGUAAGAGUCGAAACUGUUGAAAUAGAAGUGCAAGGUUAACAGGAAAACCAUGAAAAAUGGAAGUAAUAUAUGAAGCCGGAAUGAUAACUUCAAUAUUCACUUGUGCUGUUGUAAACCUUUUUUUUUUUCUAAUAUUCUAUAUCUUCCAAAUAGAAAAUUGUAAUGAAAUUUAGCACAUAUGAUUUCUUCUUAAUUUUGUAAUUUCUGAAAUAAAAUGGAAUUGCUGCUGGUUUUCAACUUGAUGGAUUUAUCAUCCACCAUGGGUAAAAUGUAAAAGAAUUUCAUGUCAUGUUUAAUUUGUUGACUGCCUGUUCUAUAUCCUCCUGGCUUGUGGUGUCCCGUCGUCAACUAUGUGGUUGAACAAUUAUAAAAGUUAUGAAUUGGAUAAGCGUUUAGCAUUAUUUAUAUCUGAUACUUAAGUGCACACUGUGUC